CGCUAGUGGUAUAAAUAAGAAUAUUAUAUAUACCUAAUUUUUCGAAGUGGGAGUUGCUCAUUUAAUACUAUAAUUUAUGUAUAAUUUAUGUAUAUUACGAGAUAAACAUUACGACUGAAGCAAGAAAUGCAUAGCGUCAUUAUGUUGCAAAUAAUCGUCAAUAUGGAUUCUUUGAUAAUCAUUAGUAAACGGUAUUUUACGUAUCAAUUCGUUUAGAGUAAGUUAUUCAAUAUGAAUAUUAAUAGUUUAUAUUAAUUGUUUAUAUGUGCUUACAAAUAAACGUUACUAUGGUGAAACUCUCAUAAAUUACUUUUAUAUAAAAAUUUAUUGCAAUUAAUCGUUGCGUUUUGAAAUAUAUCGCUCAUUAUGGAUAUAAUAAUAAAGCUAAAUGAGCAAACAAUAGGCAGAGACAGAAUUAUCAGAUUGCUACAAUAUGGAAGCAGAGCUUAUUGGUAUUAUGGUCAGAAUAUUCGUAGUACACAACAUUCUGCAGAAGUCUUAAGAAGUUUAGAAUAUACAUUUAGUUCCUUUAGAAAAUUGUUACGCCUAGGGAGAUGUUUGGACAGUUUAUAUUCUGCUUUAAAAAUGAUGAAAUAUCCAGAUCUAACUAUAAGAGCCACUUUGACACUAUCAAAAAUUGCCAAUGCUCUAUUCUUAUUAACGGAUCAUAUAAUUUGGGUCGGCCGUGUGGGAUUGUAUAGGGUUAAUAUUGAAAAAUGGAGCAAAACAUCUAAUAAGUAUUGGUUAAUGGGUAUUAUAAUGAAUCUAAUAAGAGAUAUUUAUGAAAUCAUAAAAAUUUUUGAACAUGAAAGAGAGAGUGUAUUAACGAGGACAUCGAAGUUCUCACAUCAUUUAUGGAAACGAUAUAAAUUACUCUGUCAUUUAAGAAAUCACAAAGAUGUUGUAAUGGAUACAAUUAAAAAUGGAUGUGACCUGUGUAUUCCUCUAACAGCACUAGGUUUUACCAAAUUUACCCCUGGAACAAUUGGUAUACUUGGUGUGAUAUCUUCAAUUGUAAGUCUGUAUACAUUAACUUAUCCUCUGUAUAAAUUAACACCAACUUAAAAUUAAUCAACAUAAUUAUUUUUUAUGUACACGAAUACGAUUACAAAGCAUUUAUUCAAAUUAAAGGAAGUAUAUCAUUAAAAUUAAAUUAAUAUUUUUUUUAUGGAUUUCCAUGAUUUUUAUAUAUUUUUGAUGUAUAUAUUUUUACUGUGCGUCUAAAAAAAAACUAUAUGUUACUACACUGUGAUACUUAAAUAACUAUUUUGUGACCAAUUUUUUGCAAAUUUUUAAAUAAAGUAUCCUGAAAGUAGCAUAAAAUACUAUACAUAAAAUUGAGAAAUCUGUUUUAUAUCAUAAAAUUAUAUUUCAGUAAAUAUAUUUACAUAAUAUUUACAAUGUAACUUAUCUCUAUGUCAUGUUAUUAUAAAUAAGUUUAUAUUUGCAAA